AUGUGCUAUGUAUGCAGUUGCUUCGCAUUCACUUUGGAUUUAUUUCAAAGGAUUCUAACAUUUAUCCUGUCCUGUUGGCUCGUGACCGCUAUAUGUUGUGGGCUGACAAUCGCUGUGUGUGCGGGUAUCGCCUACGGUUAUAAUUAUAGUUUAGCCGAAUUUAUUACCCUAACAAGGGCGGAUGUGCGAGUAUACAUGCGAAGAGGUCAGUUUUAUGACAGACCUGACUUAGUACAAUAUAGAAGAAAGAUGGGAGAUGACGAUGAAGGCUUUCCCGGUAAUUUGACGAAUGAUUACCAAGAACAAUUUUUAAGUAAUGAUGCGCCACUCUCCGAGCAAUGGUCUAAAAAUCAGGACACCCGUAAAUAUGCCGAAAAGCUAACAAAAUAUUCAGAUACAAAAAGAAUAAUGGCCGAUUCAGUUGUGCAAUAUGAGACACCUAACUAUUAUAAAUUCACUUCUGCACCAACACAUUACAUCUCUAUAAUACCCAAUCCAAUAAUUUCUACAACGGUAUGGCAAAGCGGUUCCUCGCAGAUAAUCAUGAGGCAAUUUGAACCAAUCAAUGAAAUUUUCUCUGAUAAAAAGCGUAUCAAAGGGGACGAAUAUCGAAAAAAAGUUCACUCACAAUUAGAUACAAAUUCUAUUGAAGAAAUUGAAAGACCCACGCAACCGAUAUCACCCGAUAUCCGAAUAAUAGUUGAAGACAAUCCAAAAAGUGAAGAAUACAAAUUGAGAGAUUGGAAACCAUCACCACGGCCAGUAAUACCGGAGUAUUUAACGCAAGAUAUGGAUGAAGAUGCUGUAGUAUACAAAACUGUAUAA